GGUAUGUUCAGUUGUAUAUAAGAAACAGCUGUUUUAAUUUGCAGCUCGUGCAAGUGUAAUAGCUCAGUAUAUAGCUGAUAAAUUAAAUCAUAAAUAUAAAUUAAAUUAAAAAAUGCAAUUAACGUUAGUUAACUUUUUCAAAAAAACCGUGCCCGGACAUAUUUUCCGCGGCAAGCGCCGACUUAUAAAACCGGUGAGCAAACGCGCUAUUGAAACACAACGUCGUGAUUACGAAAGGCAAGAACAAAAUAUGUUAUUGUUGCGACACCCUUACUUAACAGUGGAGGAGUCAUCGGGACAUGCCAAAGAGUUAGGAAAGACCGAAGCUAAGUUGGCGAUGUGGAACGACCGUCGCACACUAAGCACAAUGAAACCACACGUAACCAUUGAGGAACGACUUGCACAUUUGAAAGUAAAAGAAGCCUGGGAUUAAAAAUUUGCGUUAACAUUAUAAUUAAUAAUAAUAUUAAAAAAAUAAACGUUAUCUAAUAAA